AUGGGUGUGCAGGGGCUGUGGGAUUUGACCUCGCCGGGUGCGCGGCGAGUGAAGUUGUCGACCCUGGAGGGCCGCGUGGUGGCGGUGGACGCCAGUAUUUGGGUGGCGCAGUUCGUAAAGGCGUUGCGCGACCCGAACGGUGACAUGUACCGGGGCGCACACCUGGUAGGUUUCUUUCGGCGGCUGUGCAAGCUGUACUACCACCGCAUCCGACCAAUAAUCGUCUUCGACGGCCCUCCCCCGGCUCUCAAGCGUCGCGUCCUCAGCGAACGCAGACGCCGCCGCGAAGACGAACAACUACAACUCAAGAAGACGGCAGAGAAACUCAUCUCGAACAUCGUCAAACGCAAACGAGCCAAGAAACGAGCAGACCAAGGCCUUGUUCUGGCCGGUCCUGACGGUCUGGCUGGCUGUGGGCGCGUCCACCUGGACGAGGAGGACGAAGAAAUGGAGGCGCUGCGGCAGCUCCUGCCGAAGCGCGACCGCGUGGAGCUAGAUCGUCUCCAGGCGUCGUGCGGUGCCGGCUUGCUGGGUAGCGUUGCAGGGCAGGCGCCCAACGACACCGACCUCCGGGACCCGGGGGUGGCAACGCCGGGGGGAAUGGCACCAGGGGAAAUGGCACCGCAGGAGGUGCAGGUCUUGUACGAGCAGGUGGGCACGCCGCCGAGCUCGAGUGGGCGGGAGAGUCGGGAGGACGUGUUGCAGGUGCAGAGUGAGAGUCGGGCGCGACGUGUUCGUUACUACGAGUCGAUUCCGGACGACUUCCGCGGGUUUUUGGAGAAGCGGCGGCGGCUGGACGAGAUAUCAGUGCCGACGGACAUUGGGUCGUUGUUACGGAUGCCGGAGCGGAAGAAGGACGGGUGGGAGGGCUUGGGAGUGCGGGUGCGCGAUGUUGACGCGGGUACUGAUUUCAAGCGGCCUUUAGUGACGGCACCGGACGAGUUCAAGGAGUUUUAUGUGCAGGACGACCACGGGGACGCGGCGGUGGUUCAAAUUCCGCUUAAUUGCGAGAUCGAUGAGGGCGUCUUCCGUGCUUUGCCGCAUAAAAUGCAGUUCCGCAUCCUCGUUCAGUUGCGCGACCAGUGGAUGGCCGAGAAUCGUUUGCGCGCCAUCGCCAGCCAGCGUGACCCUAGUGCCUUCAGCGCGAUCCAAAUGGAAGGUUAUCUCCGCACCGCACAUACCAAUAAGGAGAUCGAAGAAACCAAGCGUAAACUAGGCGUCGAACAACUCAAAAAGGCCGGCAAAAACGACCCGCUCGCCGCCAGCAGCAGCAGCAGCAGCAGUGAGGGCAGCGACCGCGACGACGGCGGCUUCAUGAACUUCUACGCCCCCGAGCCCGCUGUCGAAGGCAACAAAAAUCAGGACAAGGCAAACUUCGAACGCCAACUCCUGGCCGAAAUCGACACUCAAGAACAAGAAAAGAGAAAACGCGCGAAAAAGAAAAGGGAACGAGGGAAACGCAAGCAUCUUGCCCUCUUCCAAGAGUGGGAAGACGAACAACAACUAGUGCCUCCGAUGGCUACCCACCCCACCUGGUUCUACGAAACGGACGCCUCCCGUCGAACGCAGCCUGCCGGGCGCGCUACCAAACAGCCUUCCGACCCACACCCCCACAACGACCGUGGGGACCCUUCUGGCCAACCCAGCAAGCCCUCCGACCACCCCGACCAACUUCAAGAGGAACCGGACUGGGAACAAGACUACUUGGAGACCGUGGUUUGCGAUGACCUUCCUACACGGCCUGCCGCCACCUCGACUCCCUCUCCAGAAGCAGUCCUCGACAACUCCGAGUCUCCCAUCGCGGAGUUCUCGGUAAAGGACUUCUCGGUAAAGGACUUCUCGGUAAAGAACACCCCGUUAAAAGACACCCCGUUAAAGGACUCCGCUCUAAAGAAAAGGAUCAGCAUGAAACGCAGGGGAACGCGUACCUCACCGCCGAAGCCCAGCAACCCCAAGGGUGUCUCGGAGGACGAGGGCUGGGGUGACUGGGACGAAGCCGACGGCCGCGUCAAGGACAGCAAGGACUACGUCCACCAACUGCUCCAAGAAGCCAAGCAGGAAGAAGCUAAGCAGGAGGAAGCAAAGCAGGAGGAAGCAAAUCAGGAAGAAGCUAAGCAGGAAGAAGCUAAGCAGGAAGAAGCUAAGCAGGAAGAAGCUAAGCAGGAGCAAGCGAGGCACACCGAACGCAUGGCAGGAAGUCGGGAAUCGACCCCGGGGGAGUCAAGCCCGGGGGAUGCGACCGCAAAGAGCCUAGUAGAGCCGCGGAAAGCGAGCCCGGCCGAAGUGAGUCCGGGGACGGGCGGUGAGCGGGAGGCUCUGGACGCGUCGGCGGCCGCACUGGGUGAGAGCGAGGCGUCCCCGACGGGGUCUUCCCCGACGGGGUCUUCGCGGGGUGAGUCGUCUCUGCCGCGUAUCGUGGAGUCAUCUGUGGCAGCGGAUUCUUUCAUGGAUUUGUCGAGUGCGCGGUUUGAGCGUGCGGUGGGUGGUGAACGGCAGGCGUCUGCGGUGGCGACAUUGGUUAUAAGGGAGGACGAGGCGUUGGAGGAGGAGGCGGCGGUGUUGUUGCGAAGUUUGCGGCGCGGGACGAAGCGUGCGGCGGAGGUGAGUGCCGAGUUGUAUGAUGAGAUUCGGGAUUUGCUGCGUGCAUUCGGGAUUCCGUUUGUGAACGCGCCUGGGGAGGCUGAGGCUCAGGCAGCGCACUUAUGUCGUUUGGGAUUGGCGGAGGCGGUGGUGAGUGAUGACUCUGACUGUUUGGUGUUCGGUUGCCAAGAUACGAUUCGUAAUUUAUUUGACAGUGAUACGACCGCGGAAUUGUUUUCAGCCCGUGAUAUUCGACGUGUACUUGGUCUCGAAUUACAGGAUCUGCGCGUCCUUGCGUUACUCCUGGGUUGCGAUUAUACAUUGGGCGUUUCCGGCAUCGGAGUCGUGAAUGCACUCGAAAUCCUCCAGGCCUGGGGUAAUGACCUCGAUGCGCUGCGUCGCUGGGCUGCCUGGGCUCGCGACCGACCGUCAUUGCACAGCGGCCAACCUGGCAUCCGUGACGAUGAUCCUCCCCUUGUUAAAGAUUACAAACUCAAACACUGUAACUAUCGACCGCACUGGCAAUUUCCCACCGAACGUGGCGGUCAGUUCCCACCCGAAGAAGCCUACCACGCCUUCAUCCAACCCAGAGUCGAUCACUCUACAGAACCAUUCCACUGGGUCGACCCGGACCUCAAUUCGGUUACGCAAAUAAUGCAUACACGUGCCGGAAUUUCGCACGAAAAAACACAAAGCCAUCUUGAACCCAUCCUUCGCCGACUCCAGGUCAGAAUACCCCUCAAACAGUCCCUUCUCGAUACAUUCAUCCACCCCCCAAAUGAAGAAGAAACUCUCGCUGAAUAUCGCAGCGCACGCAUGAAGAAAGCUAUCACAAUCAUUGCCGCCAAUAGACGCCAGCCACACGUGGCUAACUCAACAAGACCGAACUGA